UGUCGGAACUAGCACAAAACUCAGUCGAGUAAAAGAUAAUAAUGCUAUUUAUUACCAUAAUAAUUACGGCCCGCAAUUUGGGCAUUCGGGAGCUCUGUAUAUACUAUGUAACGAAAAAAAAGAAGCUUAUUGCGCUUCCAGUUCUAGUUAUGACUCUCUCAAAUAUGAAAAAGGGUAUUUCACAAUUGUCGAUUAUGAAGUAUUUCAUGUUGUUAAAAAAAUCACUUAA